AUUUUCAGAUUCCCAUUAAUUGCUAUUUUCUUUUGUUACCUCUGUGAAUUGAAAGGGCUACUUUUGCUCUUGUGCUGUUUGUAUACAUGGUGGGAUUUUCAAAAGUAAAUAGCAAUGAUCGAGUAUUGGAAAUUCAGAUUCUGGCCUUCUUGGUAUGCGAAAGCAAAUCGUAGAGUUUUCUUGUUUUGAGAUAGAAAUGGGACCUGAUAAAGAAUCUCAUCUGUUUGUUGACUUGUUCUAAUCGUGAGGAACCCGUUCUUUCAGGUGGACCUUUGUGGGCCCACUCUCUAAUGCCUAUAGACGCGCGCAAUUAAAGUAAACUUAUCUGCAUAUGCCAUCGAUGAUGAUAAUUUUCUCUUUUUUUUUUUUUCUUUUUUGCUUUUUAGCUUCACUUUUUGGACUUCGAAAAUUGCAAGACUAGGCUGCUCAUUGUGCUCAAUUAUCUUCCUCAAUUAUGUAUGAUGUGACAUGGAACUUUUUUAAAGAAGCUAAAGCUUGCUGCUUUGGGUGUAACUUUUUGAAAGCACGAUGGCAUGAAUCUGUACUUUUUUGUUCUUAUUUAGUUUUCAAAAUAACAAUGAAUGAGAAAGAAAAAUUUCACCAAUUUUAUUUUUUCAGACUGGAUAAAGGAUGAUUCAGUUCGAUUGACAGCAAACUCGAUUAUGAUGAAGCUUUGUUGAGUCGUAUUUAGUAUUCUUUAUGGGCUUUAGAUUUUCCAAGGGAGAAUGAUGGAGCACGGGUUCAGAUGAGGCUGUCCUAUAGUCCACUGGCUCACCUCUUUCUUUGCCUUGUUCAAUGGACUGAUUGUCACCUUGCCGGUGCACUUGGGUUGCUUAGAAUUCUUAUAUAUAUGACCGAUGCAGAUGGCAAGACCACUAUGUCUGUUUAUGAAAGGAAAGCAAGCAUCAGACAAUUUUAUGCGGUGAUAUUUCCUUCUUUGUUGCAACUUCAAAGAGGCAUCACAGAUUUGGAGGAUCGGAAACAGAGAGAGGCAUGUACUCUUAGAUUCAGAAGAAAUGAUGAGUUGGAAAGGGGGAAACUCUCUGAAAUUGACAUAGAAAGAGAAGAGGAGUGUAGUAUUUGCAUGGAGGUGAACAGCAAGGUCGUGUUGCCCAAUUGCAGCCAUUCUUUGUGUUUAAAUUGUUACAGGAAUUGGCAUGGACGAUCGAAGUCAUGCCCCUUUUGUCGAGACAGCCUCAAAAGAGUAAUGUCCGGUGACCUUUGGAUCUAUACAGAUAAGUGUGAUGUUGUUGACUUACCAUCCAUAUUGAGAGAGAAUAAUAAGAGGCUGUUCAUGUACAUAGAUAAAUUGCCCCUUGUAAUUCCUGAUAAUGUGCUUGUUCACUAUGAUCCUCAUCUUAGGUGGGAUGCAAUGCAUAGGCUUUGUGAACUGUAUAUAUGAUAAGCUGGGUUGUAUUUGUUUUGGGACCAAAAUACUGAAAUCUAGAAGUUUCUUUCGCCUGUCCGUAGUUUUUAUAGGUUUCUAGUUGGAGAUAUUGAUCUAUAAAUUCAGUUCCAAUUUCUCCAAUAUUAUAGUAAGCACAAAAUUGAAUGUACCUUAUAUUUGCUAGUUUCAUAAUAUUGUAUGAUUUUCCUAUGUA